UUUCAUACUCUCUCUCUCUCUCUUCCCCCCUCCUUCCCUUCGCUGUUAAACGUUAACAAUUCUCAAAAGCUUUGGAUGAUUCGAAUAAUCCGAAUGUGAAAAGAUCUCUUGGUUUCCACAUUCUCCGUCAGUUUCCCCAGCAAUCUCUUCGAUCCGAAGGGCUCUUGACUUCGGUUGAUGGGUGCUCCUAAACAGAAGUGGACAGCGGAAGAAGAAGCGGCCCUUAAAGCUGGUGUAGUUAAACAUGGGGCAGGCAAAUGGCGCACGAUACUCACUGACCCAGAGUUCAGUUCCAUCUUGCAUUUGCGUUCCAAUGUUGAUCUCAAGGAUAAAUGGAGAAAUAUAAAUGUAACUGCGAUAUGGGGGUCUAGGCAGAAGGCUAAGCUUGCGCUUAAAAAGAAUCAACCAGCCCCUAAACAAGACAACAGCCCUUUGGCUGUGGUCACUGUACAUAAUGAUGAAGAGAUUGUUGAUGCUAAGCCUCUUGCUAUUGAGGGUGGAACAUUGCAAAUUACUAAUCCAAAAGAACCAAAUGCAAGGUUGGAUAAGCUUAUUUUAGAUGCUAUUGCCAAGUUGAAGGAGCCAAGGGGUUCUGACAGGGCUGCAAUUGCUAUGUAUAUAGAGGCAAAUUAUUGGGCACCACCAAACCUCAAAAAGCUGCUGUCAACAAAACUAAAGCAUAUGACAUUAAACGGAAAAUUGAUUAAGGUAAAGCAUAGAUAUAGGAUUGCACCAAGUUCGAAAGGUGCUGAAAAAAGAAGAAGCUCAGCCAUGUUACUUCUGGAGGCAAUGAAAAAGGAUUCCCCAAGAGUAGAGAAAACCGAGGUCAACAUUCUUACUAAAUCCCAGGUUGAUGCAGAGCUUACAAAGAUGAGGGGCAUGACUCCACAAGAGGCAGCUGCAGCUGCUGCACAGGCAGUUGCUGAGGCAUGA